AUGGAUGGUGAUUUUGAGGGAAGGGUUGAGGAGCAAGAGAAGCUCGUGAGCGUUCUCCGGCAAAUAGAUGUUGUGAUUUGCACGUUUGCUUACCCUCAGGUUCUUGAACAACUCAAGAUCAUUGAUGCCAUCAAACUUGCUGGAAACAUAAAAAGAUUCUUUCCAUCGGAUUUCGGGGUUGAAGAAGACAAAGUGAAUCCUCUGAAGCCUUUCCAAGUAUUCCUCGACAAAAAACGGAAAGUGAGAAGAGCUACAGAAGCAGCUGGGAUCCCUUAUACUUUUGUUUCUGCAAAUUGCUUCGGUUCUUAUUUUGUGAAUUACUUGCUUCAUCCGCAUGACAAUCCAAACGACGUCGUUGUAUACGGAACUGGUCAUGCCAAAGCGGUUUUGAAUUAUGAAGAAGAUAUUGCUGUAUACACAAUCAAAGCAGCAAAUGACCCAAGAACAUGCAACCAUAUUAUCGUCUAUAGGCCGCCAGAAAACAUAAUUUCACAACUUGAACUGAUUUCUCUGUGGGAGAAGAAGACUGGUCGAAGUUUCAAUAGAGUUUACGUCCCUGAAGAAGAGCUGAUCAAACUCUCAGAAAUCCUACCAGAUCCGGAUAACAUACCGGUAUCAAUUCUUCAUAGCGUGUUCGUGAAGGGUGAGUUAAUGAGCUUUGAAAUAGGGGAUCAAGAUGCUAUUCUUGAAGCUUCGCAGCUAUAUCCAGAUGAUAAAUACACUUCCAUCGACGAACGUCUUGACAUUUUCGUAGUUGAUCCUCCUAAGCCUGCGAGCGCUGCAUUCUGGCUCCCAACUGCUCCGCUUUCGAGGGCACCGGAGUUUUAUCUGCGAAAGGCAUUCGACGCUCAAAUCAAGCAAACAAUAGCGAGAGGAAAAAUUGGCAGAAUUUCACUGAGGUGA